AUGACUGGAUCUGCUCUGGUUUCAUUUCUCCUGGCGAUGGCCUGUGUUCUCCUGCCACUGUGUGCUGCUCAAGGCAGCUGUGCGGGCAGAUGUGGCGAGCAAUUCGCCCGCGAGCAGGUCUGUAACUGUGACUACAUCUGUUUUGUCCAUGGCGAGUGCUGCAAGGAUUUUGAGGAUGCCUGCACUGCUGGAGACUCCUGCAGGGGUCGCUGUGGUGAGGCGUUCCGGCGCGGCAGACAGUGCGAGUGCGAUUCAGACUGUGCGCUCCACAACUCCUGCUGCCCCGACUACAGCGAGCAGUGCGAUGCUCUCUCCCAGUUGCAAGCUGCAAGAAGUUCAAAACUAAACAAACCAACAGAUUAUACUGAGGAGUGCAUGGCAGUAUGUCUCGCAGCACAGCAAAGCCCAGAUCUCAUGAGAGAUGACACCAGACUGAAUAACUUUAUGGCUCCAUCUGAUGCCGCAUCACUUCCUGCUGGUGGCCCUCUGCCCCAGGACAUCAGCCUCUUCGCUCCUCUGACACCCUCUGACAUACCCGGCAUCGGUUCCAACCCUUCUGGGUUCCUACUGCCGGAAUCUGGUCCUGAUCCUGCAGCUGGACCACUACAGGCAGCGGGACCUUCCUCUGGGAGUCCCCUAACCAUCCCUGUGCAGGUGUCCCUCUCCAUCAGUGGACAAGGUGAUGGGCCGUCCAGCAGACCUGGCUCUGCUGCAGGUAAACCCAGCACUCUUGCAGACAUCGCCCAGGCCAUGGCAGCCAGCAGCCCUGCAGCACCAGGUCCUGAUCUCUGCAGUGACCUUGCCAUUGAUGGAAUGGCAACUCUCUUCAACAACUCCAUCAUAGUUUUCAGAGGUCACUUCUUUUGGCUGCUGAACCCCAAGACUAGAAGAGCCAGCCCUGCUCGUAGAAUCACUGAAGAACUGGGCAUCCCGUCUCCCAUCGACACGGCCUUCACACGCUGCAACUGCCAGGGCAAGACCUACAUCAUCAAGGGUGACAACUACUGGAGUUUGGAGAAUGGUGUUGUGGAGCCUGGAUAUCCCAGAUCUGUGUCCCAGGGCUUUGGUGGGCUCACCGGUGGGAUCACUGCUGCUCUGCCAGUCCCAGCUACCAGAAAGAGACCCGAGUCUGUGUACUUCUUCAAGAAAGGAGGCACGGUUCAGAAACUAUCUUUUCCUUCUGGAAGUGGACCAACUUGCCGUGGAAAGAGAUCCAAAAAUGCCAAACAAGCAGAGAUCCAGUUGUCAGGAGAGAUCAACAUCACGCUCAAAAUGAAGGGCUUCCCCAGCCCAGUGACAUCAGCCUUGUCCAUGCCCAACCCCAGGAAGACUGAUGGUUUCGAUUACUUUGUUUUCUCUUGGCCUAAAGUCCUAAACGUCAAGGUUAGCGGUGAUCUGCCCGCUUUGACGGCCCCUGUCAGCCACUCCUCCCAGCAGAAUGACAUCAGCAAGUGGCUCAACUGUGCCUGAAAGACCAGCAUGAAACAA